CCACUGACACCGUCAUCGCAUUAUGGCAGCCUCCAGAACCAAAAUUUUUUGUUGUACGCUGUCUGGUUUAAAACUAGUUGAAACUACCGUUUCUAAUUUUUACUGGUGCGAAUUAUGGUCAAAAUUGAAAUCUUAGUAGGUUUCAGGCUUGAAGCUUUUAUCUGUGAAAAUGUUAGCGAGCUCUGACACCUGAUUACGUUGUCAACAGCUAGUAAAGAUAUUGUGCACGGUGCACCUGUCGUCUCUGGCACGUAUGCGCUGAAGAGACUUCCUUGCGCUGUGCUCACUGCGAGCCUACAGUAAUGCAGCGUUGGCUUGUUUUUGCGAGAAGAAAUCUGCUGACCUGUGGCGUAACCUGCAAUACCACAAGAGCUGCGUCAACUGGGCCAACAGAAUUGAAGAUACUCAACAAACUGAAGGAAGCCCUCAACCCGCAAGAGCUCCUGGUUGAGAACGAGAGCUACAUGCACAAUGUUCCCAAAGGAUCUGAAACACACUUCCGGGUGACUGUCGUGUCGUCCAUGUUCGAGGGUAAAAGUUUAGUGCAGCAACAUGCCAUGGUGUACGCUGCAUUGAAAGACGAGCUGAAGAAUCCGGUUCAUGCUCUCGCAGUUGAGACAUCGACGCCGGACAAGUGGCAAUCGAAGACGGGAAAAUCACCACCUUGCCUAGGGGGAAUGAAGAGGGAAGGCCGAGACAAAGACUGAAGCAGUUGUAGCAACCAUGGUUGUUCACAUAGCUCUAGAGAACGCUGGUCGUCUGUUAUGGAAGGGAAAAAAAGCGCAUGCGGUCAUUAUAUAGUUAUGCUUGUUGUUUCCGUUAAUGGUUGUUUUAUAGUGCCUUCAUUCUGUUUAUUAUUGCACUAAAGUCAAUCAAAAAUGA